UCCAUCAUGAACACAUGCCAAUUCAUUGUUCUCUGUGCGGCGGUCGCCGUUUCAGCGGCUGAAAACUGGGCCGGACCUCUAGCCGACCACAGGCUUGGUCAACUUGUGCAGGACACUCCUGAAGUUGCCGCCGCAAAACGACAACACGCUUUGGCUUUCAUGCAAAUACGAUCACUGGUGCCGGAGUCGCUUUCAGAAGAAUAUCUUUCAGUGGACGAACCCCAACUCCACCACGAGUAUUUCCAGGAUAACAUCCCAGUCGGGAAUCCUCAAGACGCAGGCACGCGGAUUCCUUGGAAGGGUCCUUUCGCCGACCACAAGCUGGGUCAACAGGUGCCUGAGACCCCCGAAGUGGCCGCCGCGAGGAAGUACCACGAAGAAGUCUACUCCAAGGUUCGUGCCAUCUUGCCGGAACUGCCUCCAGAGAAGGAAGGGAAUGGGGAAUAUGAGGACGAUUCUUUGAGAGGGAGGUCUCUAGAUGUUCGUUCGCAGUAUUCUAAUGGGCAUCUUGUAUUUGGGCGGCCUCAAGCUUCACCUCAGUAUGUGAUGCCAACUGAUCUCGAGGGGCUGGAGGCUGUGAGGCAAGCUCAUGCUAGAGCUGUGAUGGACAGGAUUGCAUUGUUGAACAAUUAUCGUGCGAGAGUACCAGCUACUACGCCCCUGCCGAUUGAGAGGUAUGAGGCUCGGUCGGUUAAUUAUCCUGUGGAUACUUCCGAGGUCGCUGCUGCUAAACUCCGGCAUGCGAAAGCUAUUGCUGCAGUUCUAGGACAAUAG